AUGACGCCUUACCAAGCCUUGUAUGGAAGGAUUCCUCCUCUGUACGACGUCCUAACAGCCGAACACGGUCAAUCCAUCAGCGACGCCAACGCAGAUGUGUUGAGAAACCGGGCCAUACAAGCUAUGGUUCAAGCAACUGCUGAGGCUAAGAUGGGCAGAGCUGAUCGCACGAAGACUCGGGCAGCAGCAGAACUUCUUGAACUGGCAAUCGGGGAUCAAGUUGACAUUUUUAGAAAAGGUAACACGAAGGAUGUCGCCGGUUGGUUUGGCCCCGGCACACAAAGCGUGAACUUUGAGCGGCUCUGCUCGAAGGAACUUUCCAAUGUUGCCUUUCUGCAGUUUUUCUCUGAGGACUCAGAGUCUGUAGCCGUGCUGCGUGAAACGGUCGUUGAGGUUCCCAAUCUCGGCGGCGUGUACGAGCCAGCGCUUCCACCGUUGAGGGAUGUCACAGAACAAGUAGAGAGAAGGAGAGCACUCAGACAGCUGCAGGAUGCUGUGCCAGUCAAUGCCCCUGAGGAGUAUGACAUCGGCACUCCCACGGAUGAGCAGUCCGAAGAACAGCAAAUGUCUGAAACUUCCUCUAGCCUUCAGUCAGACUUUCCCAUAUAUCAAGCCUCGCCUCCAGAGGUAUGCGUUGAUGCUGCGCCUGAAGCAGUAUUUCUAUAUGAACACGAUGAUUUCUAUUCCGAGCCACCGCAGUUAGCCUUCGAUGAGCGCAGCGCAAAGUUCCUCAGCACGUUUGAACAAAAACUGCAAGCAAACGAAAUGGUAGUGUUUAAUUUUGCAUCUACGCAAACUGCAGUCAUCGAACGUGUGAACAACAUAAUCACGCGUGCAGAGGCGCUCGCCAACGUGGAUCGCUGUCGCGAAGCAAUGGUAAAGGAGUUGUUGAGGUGGGGUCAGCGUUUAUUGACAGUGCUAGCUGUUCAAUUUAAUUGGAAGGUGGCCUCUGCUGACGUGUCGGAGGCGUUUCUCAGAGGGCUAACCUUUGAAGAGCUUCACAAGACUGGUCAUGAUGCAGUCUUGCGCGAAGUUCAGCUGAUACUGCCAGCUGGCUCUCUUGAGCUGGUAAAAUCACUCCCUGGAAUGUCGGAUUUUGAUCCAAGCACCGAAGUUUUACAUCUCUUGAAGCCUGGUUUCGGUUUGAAGGAUGCACCCAGAUUAUGGAACCUGGCACUCCAGAAAGUGCUGAAGAAACUUGGUCUGGUUGCAACUCAGGCAGAUCCGCAGUUUUUCAUUCGUCACAAUGAGCAUGGACAACUGGUGUUGGCCAUGACGACUCACGUUGAUGAUCUUAAAAUUACGGGCCAUGAUGCCGAAAUUGCCAAAGUCAUCAAGGGGUUAGAAGAAGCUUUCUUGCACAGCGCCUUGGAUCUGUCAGGCCUUGCUUUAACAAUCAACAGCGUUAUGACCGAAGUGCUUCAAGGUACACUGGCCAUCGACAGUAUCUUCUUCUUCUUUAACUUCCACUCGUACUUCUUCACGGUUCGCCUCAGCCGCGUCGCGCCGUCGCUGGCGUCGCCGCAGCGCGGAAAGCGCCCGGUGGAGGAGGAUCAACAGGACUCUUCUGGCCAGCGCAACGUGCGCCCUCGGACGGAGGAGAGUGCGGCCGGCCAAGAGGUUGCUGAGCAGCCGGUUCACGAGGCGCCCAUGGUUGGGGUCUGA